CUGCCGCGGCUCGCCUCUAAACUAAAUACAAAAUUUGCAUAAUUUUUCCAGACAACAGUCUUCUUAAGUUCGCUGUACAUCUCCGUCGGAUUUGGCCGAAACUGAGAAGAUUAACCUCGAAAAUGUUACUGUAGGAAGUUGCCGCAAUCUUCUACGAGGCCUAAGUUGCUUGGGCUCCCCCGCGCUAAGCCAUGGCGGACCAUUUAGAACUUGUGGCUGAAAUUCCUAAGGUCGAGAAAUUGACAGUACAAGAUCGCCUAGAGCUGGCGAAAAAACGCCGUUCUCAACAGCUCAAACGAUGGGACAGGGAGAAAGAUAAAGAACUCGGUCCACCACCGCCCAAAAAGCGACCUCACCGAGCGAAACCAGUGAAAUUCGAGCCCAGAAUUAUUCUCCUCGAGGCUGCCUCUAGGGGCGAUUACGACGAAGUGAAAAGGAUGCUUGAUUAUGGUGUUGACCCAAACUUAGCGAAUGACGACGGCCUAACAUCGCUUCAUCAAGCCUGCAUAGAUGAGUGUGAAGACAUAGCAGAACUUCUCGUGGGUUAUGGUGCUGAUAUUGAUGCUGAAGAUCGAGAAUUGUGGACACCCUUACAUGCUUCUGCAGCAUGUGAGAACUUUGCCAUGGUUCAGUACUUAGUAGGAAAUGGUGCUAAUGUUGCUGCUAUCAAUGCUGAUGGAAACUUGCCUGUUGAUUUGGUUGAAGAAGAUGAAGAGCUAAGAAAGUACUUGCAUAAUGAGAUGAAUAAACAUGGUUUCAAUCAAGAUAAAGUUGAUGAACUAAUUAUACUGAGGGAAACGCGGAUGCUUGAAGAUAUAAAAGAUGCCAUCGAAAAGAGAAGGGACCUGGAAGUCAAGGAUAUGCAGGGCGCAACAGCGUUGCAUAUUGCUGCAGCCAAUGCCUAUGUGGAGGUGUUGGAGUUCUUGCUCGAGAAUGAUGCUGAUGUAGAAGUUGUGGAUAAGGAUGGCUGGAAGCCCAUUCAUGCAGCAGCUUGCUGGGGAAAUGAGAAAGCAAUUGAGUUACUUGUUGAACAUGGGGCAGAUCUUGAAAGCCGGACACCUUACGGUGAAACUCCACUUGAUUUAUGUGAGGAUGCUGACACAAGACAAUUCAUUAUUGAUCUCAAGAAUAAAAUGAAGACAAACAAGUUUAAGGUCAAGAAUAACCGAAGGAAAAGAAACAACUCAAGAUCGCUGUCAGUCAAACGGUCAAGUCUGAAAGAAAAGAUUUCAAUUUCUCAGAAUGAGGCAAAAGCAGAGGCAAUUCUUCGACAACACCCUGAACUGGCUUUCCUCAUUACGAAGGACAAGAAGACGACUGAUGAACCAAAUCAAGUGGAUUUAAGUGCAGAACAGAAUGAUUUUAUACCCAAAGAAGAAUCUCCUUCACCAGUGAGAACACAGACAGAGGAUGAAAAAAUACAACAUACUGACACGCAAAUGACAGAAAUCACAGUGUCAAAGAAUUAUGAAAGAACUUCCCAGGUUGAGGAAAAAAGCACCGCAAAAAUAGUUGGUGUAAAAGUGAUAGGACAAGAAGGUAAUGAAAAGGAGAAUAGACCUCUGGCAAAUACAACAAGUGAUAUAUUAAAAGGUGAAAAACCUAGGGAUCCUGUGACAAGGGAAAUUGCUUCAGCACCUUUCCAAGGUACCACAUCAACAAACAUUCAAUAUAAGAGCAAGACUGAAACAAGAGAGCAAGUGUCACAAGAGAAGAAAACCCCCAGGCUAUCAGAAAAGAUUGAACCUCCAUCAUGCCCACCUCCUCGAUCACCAACGGCGGGUCGUCGGCAACUACCAGCCGAUCCAAGGGGACAGCAAACAACAAAAGAGAAUAGCACAAUAAAAACUAGUAGUCACAGUAGUCAAGAAGUUACUGUAACAAAAGACCAAAGGACUCCUGCAACUAAGCCUUUGUCUGAACUUAGCUCCAACUCAAAUGCAACUACACAGUCUGUUACAGCAGCACCUAAAUCAACAAAGACACGUGUUGCACCUCCAGUGCCACAAUCUUCAGGAAGCACAAGUGGCAGGAGUCAGGUGCCAUCAUCUGAUACUUCAGGUUACCCAGAGUCAUUUUCCAAUCGGAAAUCGAGAGAUUCACGGGAACUAACAGAAACUGCUCUGCAACAAUUGGCAAAAGACUUCAAGGAAUCCAAAGUUGUUUCACCGUCAGAUGUCAAACUGUCUUCACAAGCUGUAACUGCUAAGUACACUCCAAAGCCAACAUCACCACCAUCAACACAGCAUAAUGAUACAGCUGCAACACUUGAUGUUUCAAGUGAAACUGCUCCAACCAUGAAAUCACCUGUUACAAACAAUGUAAGCAAUAGCACAGUGCAAGAACCAAGAAAAAAAUUUAAGCAACCCACUGAUGCUGAGGAGGUUGGUCGGCACAAGAAAUCGUGCUGUGUUCUGAUGUGAUUAGAAGGUACUCUGUACCUACUUAACUUGAUGUUCAGCAUCAUAAGAUGAUGCAAGUUUGCAGAGUCAUUUUAGAGAAAAGCACACUAAGUUGGAGCUGCAAGAUUUCAGAAAUGUUUAGGAACUAGAUGGACACUUUGCAGAGCAGUUUGAACAUUCUUAGCUGUGAGAAACAAAGAUUUACCUCUUGGUGAGUAAAGUCUAUUGGUUCAGGUGUGAUGUGAUCUAGUUCAGCAAAAUGACAGGGCCAGGACACAAGAGAAGUGAAAAUUACAAAUGAUGUUCACCUUUAUCUACGGAAGGUCCACAGUGGGAGCCAAGAUUAAGACUACAGUAUACAUUUUUCUGAGAGCUUUUUGUUAACUACUGACAGUAGCUAUGAUUAUAUAGAGACUUUGAAACCAAUGCAGGAACUGUGAAACUAUCUACAUGUCCUGAUGAGAUGCAAGUCAGUAGGAAAAGGAUCUAGAAAUUUAAAUCCUGACAUUGUGGAGCUGUAGCAUUCUAAAUGGUGAUAAGACUUUGUCAUGGUCACACUUUUUUAGGAACCUAGUUUAGUGUAAGCAAUAGCGAUGUUGAAAAUUAUGUCACUCUACAAAUGUUUGAUGACAUAGAGACAUUAAUUUACAGAUACAGUUAAACUGGAGUGUGGAAGGCAGAAGGAGGCUGAUAUAGAAAUAUGUGAAUUGUCAUUAAGAAGUAGCUCAAAUUUCCUCAAGUUUAAUAAUUUUUAACAUACUAUUAGGUUUUUGGAGGCUGUUCAGCAUCUGAAAGGACUGGGAUUUUACCAUUCAGCAGUCAAUAUUGCAUUGUUGUUAAUAAUUAAAAAUAAUGUUUCGAACAAUUUUUACAAGCAUUUUCUUCUCACUUUCUGUUUAUUUUUUACUCCUGCUUUCACCGAUGUUUCUUUUUUAUAUUAAUAUAAUGUUAUUGCAGCGAUAGAGUUAAUUUAUGAGUGCAGUUCAACAGUUUCUUUUAUAAGUGUUUGUAAUAUAAACGAAACAGAGAGAAAGAAAAAAAGAAUAUGAUUAAAAAUGUGCAUGGUUGGAAGUUACUUCACAAUUUU